CAUCAUUACAGCGAUAUUCAAGUUAUUAAUCCUUGAGUUUACAUAUAACCGAAUCACGUGUCUCGGCCUUGUCAAUCACUUGAGCUUUAGUAAAUUCGCUGGAUUUCAUUUCUUUUUCUUUAGUAUUGUGAGCGUGCAUUGCUCCGUUGCUGCAGGCGUAAAGGAAACUGUACUGUAGUAAAUUUGGUGUUGAAACCUUGCGAAGGCCGUUGCAUGGAAACAUAACAGGGGCGAAACCCUUCGAAGUUCAGGGACAAAAUGGCCGAAGCUGCAGAGCCUGGUAGCGGGUUCAACUCGAAGAGUGUUGCUCUUCGAGCGCAGAAGAAGAUCUUGGGGAAAAUGGCUUCGAAAAAUAUGGCGAAAGCUUUUGUAGACGACACUACAGGAGAUCUACUAGAUCAGCUGUACAGGCUAGCCAAGCUGGAGACAGGCAGCAAGAAAGAAGCGGAAAAACUCGUGAAGAACCUUGUCAAAAUUGUGGUUAAGAUCAGCAUUUUGUUUCGCAACGACCAGCUGAGUCGGGAGGAAAUUCAAACAGCGGAGAAGUUUAGGAGAAACUUUCGGUCUGCAGCCAUGACAUUUAUCAGUUUCUAUGAGGUUGAUUUCUCUUUCGAUAAGAAGUUUUUAACCAAGAAUUUGGAGGACUGCCGAAGCCUACUCCAUGAAAUCAUCGAGCGCCACCUGACGGCGAAAUCGCAUGGACGGGUUGAUCACGUUUUCAACUACUAUGCAAAUGGCGAUAUGUUAGAGAGAGUAUUUCAAGAGAAACGCGACGGACCUUUCGGCGUUAUUCUCAAAAAUAUCGUAGCCAAUCUGAACAAACUAAUGGAGGAAGGCAAUCUAUAGGAUUCCUGUGUACGGGAUAUGGCAAACUCAAUGGGACUUUCGGUUAUCUAACUGUACAUUUACUGUGACCUUCGAUUCGUCAUCGUGUGGUUGCAUAUAUCUUUUUCAAAAUAUGCGAGGCGUGUAUUAAACAUACACAGUCUUUAUUGUUAUGAUAUUUAUUUAACCGUAACUUAUAUUAGACCUUUAAGUGUCGAAAUUUUUAGAAACAGUGAAAGUUACAGCGUAAGAAUAUAAUGAUUCGUGGAGAAUUUUUGUGUUAUUUUCAGGCAUUUCGUAGUCUGAAAUGUUUACUCGAAAUUCCAGGUGCUCGACCUUCCUGUCGAAUAAAUUUGAUUUCUUAAAUUUCUUCACAGAUUUCAACAGCCUGAAAAUUGUCUGUGAUUGAAAUAAUCACUAUUUAUAAAGAAAAUAUUGAUGCCUCUUCGUUCCAUUUAAAAGAAAACUGUUUUAAAGAGGCGAUGGCCGUUUUCUGGGCUGCUGUUUCUUUAAUUUCUAAAUAUUGAAAUAUAUCAUAAAUGAAAGGUAUUACGAAGAUCCUAGGCCGUAUAAAUUUUCCUUUUUUAUCACAAUUGUUUGAAAAAAUUCAUUACUUGCAUUUUCAAUAUUGCGAAGUUUUAAUCCUUAUCACCGGCCGAUCUUCUAGUCUCGGAGUAAGAUUAAACCGAACAUUUUGGUGUGAUUUACUGUCUUAAUUCAGACUGCUUCCGUUCAAAACGUCCUCUAAUUUUGAAUAAUUUUUUUUAUUUGUAUAAUUGAUUUUACAUGGAAUCUUAAAUUGCAACUACACACACACAGGAGGUUCUUCUGUUGUAACCAUUUAAUUCAUCCUUCCAAAGAUGUGUUCAGCAGUAUAUAUACUGGUAGUUAUGCCAAGGGAAUUUUUAGAUCACGAGUUCAGAUUACAUAGAACGUAAGUCUUAUGCUUAAUUGUGUCGUUUUAUGAUAAAAUAGACAAAAAAAUCAAUCCAAGAUCCCUUUGUUUUCAUCUUUAACACUAGAACAUUGAUUGGACAAAAACUUUGCAAAUUAUUUUCACUUUUUAUUCCUAAUCUCUUCAAAGAGAGAAUGUUACAGAAUAACUUUAAUGAUUCCACAAGGUUGAAUAAUUUAGUUAGAUGUGUACUGUACAAAGCCUUUUAAUUUAUAGUGACUAUGUUUGUAUGUAUUCACAUACUCUGCCUAGAUGUAGAAAUAAGCUGAAAGUGAUCUAUUAAAAAGUAAUUUUCUGAGAUGGCAUAUUUUGA